CGAGGCUUCCGUCUGGCUCGCGCGGCGGCGGCGGCGGCGGCGGCGGCAGAGGUCGCGCACAGAUGCGGGUCGGAGCGGCGCGGGGAGGCGGCGGAGGCGGGAAGGAGGCUGUCCGAGGAGCCCCGCAGGCGCCCGCGAGCCGGAUGCGGUGCGUGGACGAAAGAUGCAUCAUGGAAUGAACCCGAGCCCGGGGGACGGAUUUCUGCAGCAGCAGCAACCCCCGCCGCCGCAGCCGCCGCCCCCCCGCAGGCUGCUGGCCGCCGUCCUGGGGAUCCAGCUGGCGCUGUGCUUCGGCCCCGCACAGCUCACGGGCGGGUUGGAUGACCUUCAGGUGUGCACUGACCCAGGCGUCCCCGAGGAUGGCUUCAGGACGCCCGGCGGAGGGGUUUUCCUUGAAAGCUCUGUCACCCAGUUUCACUGCCAAGAUGGGUUCACGCUCAAGGGCCCUACAAAGAGACUGUGUGUGAGACAUCUUAAUGGAACCCUCGGCUGGAUCCCCAGCGAUAAGCCCUUCUGUGCGCAAGAAGAUUGCCGUAUCCCUCAAAUUGACGACGCUGAGAUUCAUAACAAGACGUACAGACAUGGGGACAAGCUGAUCGUCACCUGUCACAAAGGAUUCAAGAUCCGCUACCCAGACCUGUACAACAUGGUUUCGCUGUGCAGCGGUGACGGGACGUGGGAUAACCUGCCGCUCUGUCAAGGCUGCCUGAGGCCUCUCACCUCUUCCAACGGCUAUGCGAACAUCUCCGAGUUGCAGACCUCCUUCCCCGUGGGGACGGUCAUCUCCUACCACUGCUUCCCUGGAUACAAGCUGGAGGGGGCCGAGCACCUUGAGUGCUUACACAGCCUCAUCUGGUCGACCAGCCCACCCCGGUGCCUUGCUCUGGAAGUGUGCCCGCUGCCUCCAACCGUGAGUCACGGCGAUUUCGUCUGCCACCCGUGGCCUUGCGAGCGCUACAACCACGGGACCGUGGUGGAGUUUUACUGCGACCCCGGCUACAGCCUCACCAGUGAUUACAAGUACAUCACCUGCCAGUACGGGGAGUGGUUUCCCUCCUACCAAGUCUACUGCAUCAAGUCAGAGCAAACGUGGCCCAGUAGCCACGAGACCCUCCUGACCACGUGGAAGAUCGUGGCGUUCACGGCAACCAGCGUGUUGCUGGUUCUGGUGCUCGUCAUCCUGGCCAGGAUGUUCCAGACCAAGUUCAAGGCCCACUUUCCCCCCAGGGGGCCUCCGCGGAGCUCCUGCAGUGACCCAGACUUUGUGGUGGUGGACGGCGUGCCUGUCAUGCUUCCGUCCUACGAUGAGGCUGUGAGCGGAGGCGUGAGGGCAUCAGGCCCCGGGUACCUGGCCUCUGUGGGCCAGGGCUGUCCCUUGCCCGUGGACGACCAGAGCCCCCCAGCAUACCCCGGCUCAGGGGACACGGACACAGGCCUGGGGGACUCAGAACCCUGUGAUGGCAGCUCAGGCUCUUCUGAGCUGCUCCAGAGUCUGUAUUCGCCCUCCAUGUGCCCGGGGGGCACACGCCCCGACAGCGCUGACACGGGGGCCGGCAUGGCGGGAGAGGCGGCGUCUACCAGCCCGGGCAUCGACAUCGCAGACGAGAUCCCGCUAAUGGAAGGAGAUCCGUGACCAGCAAAGCCACGAAGAUUAUCCUGCCCCUGCGGGGACGGGAACCGUGCGCCUCAGAGGGAAGCCCCAGAGGGACCGGGCGUGGGGGCGUGGGGGGUUUCUAGCUUACCUACAUGGGGACCAUGACUCGCAUCAUCCAUCCCGGGCUCGACACUGUGGCGGGCACUCGCGGGGAGCAGGGACGAGGGGGCCUGGGCGGUCCCGAUGAAGGGGUCCGGUGUGUCCCUGCUGCAGAGCAGGGCGCUCCACACACGUCCCGCUGAGCCCCCCACCCCACGGCUUGUGCUGCGGGCACUGCCUACCACCUCUGCAAGCAUGUCCCCCACCGAUUUGCCCCGCGUUGGCUCCAUGCGAUGCGGCCGCCACAUGUCCUUGAUCCGGACAUGGUACUCGAUUCGAGAGAGAGGAAAGGAAGGACACAGGCAGAUUCUGCUUCCUGGAAGUUCGUCCACAAGUGCAGUUGAUGAGCUCUGAGCCAUCCUUUGGACAAACACCGUGGUUUUCUGUCUCACGGGCUGGUGUGCGGAUCGUGCUCCGGGUAAGUCUCGUGUCUCGUGACUUUGCGGAUGGUCGGAUGUGCUCAGACAUGUCUUCUGGCGGACAGAGUUACAAGGUAACGUUCUGUUUGGCGUUUUAAGGUGUCCCUUGACCAUGUGUCUCAAGAGUUGCGAGUCCCCUCUCAUCACCCGUUACGAUGUUGCCCCCGCUCCCAGAAUGCAGCCAUAUGUUUAUUUUCCAAAACAGAAAUUGUUUCUGUCAACGUGCUCUUCCUCUGAAUAAACUAUGAGGCUGGA